UAAGUGAGAAGGAAUAACAGAAAACAUGUUGUUGAUGUUCUCGCCAGGAUUGGAAGUCAGACGUUUUCUGAUAUAGGAGCACGUUCUAACCUAUGCACCAGUGUUGCCAUAUUCAUAAAUUCGCAAAAGUUGAUUUCCUAAUUAUUUUUUAAUUUUGUCAAAAAAUAUUUUUUGGCUAGGUUUAUGACGUUUUGGACGUAUGUAUUAUGCAUCGGAAAUUUAUAUCAUAUACGUCGGAAUUUCUGACAGAUGGUAAGGAGUUGGAUUCGCCCCAUCUGCUGAUAUCAAAAAUAUAGCCUUGUGUUACUUCCUGACUACUCCCCACAAUCUGUGAAGAUUUGAAAUAGAUUAGAUAGAUUAGUUAUUGAAAAAAAAAAAAACAUUAAUUUAGGAUCAUCUUAUAGUUUCAACAAAUCAGCCUACAACAUUUUGACGCUAUGGUGAACAUUCGUGGAUUUCUUGUUGUGCGUGCAUUGAAUAUGAGUCGUAUACAACAACGACAAAUUUGCAUACCCAUAAUUGCUCUGCAUUUCGGUAGGCAUUUCUUUAUUACAAAGUAAAUUAACGGAUACGUAUUUUUUUUUGUGUUGAUAAGUUCUUUUAGAGAUACCGACGGAAUUUAUAUGUAGUUUUUUAUUCACAAACUAUGUACUGACCACCAAUUCGAUAAACUGGCCGUCUAUGCACUCUUCCAGUUGUGGAGUGCUUCGAAAUAAAAUCGUUAAAUAUGUUUAAAAAUAUUUGUCUUUGCAAUAGACUGCGGUUACAAGCAGAUCGCCAAACGCAGCAAACAAUUCCAUCUCUAUAUCCAUUCAAAUAUUGAUGGGUGAAAUUUCGUAAUGUAAACAUGAGUGUUUACCUCCUAUACACUUCGUAGUGAAAAAUAGAGAAAAUUCAUUUCAGUCUCAUUUGGAAAUCGAGUUCGUUCACUGGCGACGAAAGCAAAGCGGAAAAUCGACGCGGAACAAUAUGACUUGCAUAUAAACCUUUAAUUUUGAAACACAAGCAAACAUAUAGCUGAUAUUUUUAGAAUCUCAAAAUGGAAUAAUGAAACACAUUGAAAAAGAAACGGAAAGAAAGUUUUUUUUUUUAUUUUACAAAAAGAUAUCGUGUAAAAUAACAUAACACGGUGUUGGUUGUUGAAAAAUUAUAGAAAAUGACAAAAAAUGUGCGCAACACUAGAGCUGGCUCGUUUAAUGCAUCUUCCACGCCCAGCAAUCGUCCUCGAAAGCGAUUUAAAAGAUGCUGUCGGAAUUUUGUUACCUUCAUGUGUACACAAGUGGGUGUUGGCGCUCUUAUUGUGAUUUAUGCAAUUUGUGGUGCGUUUUCCUUUAGGAAAAUAGAAGGUGAAUCUGAGACGCACAAAGAGGCAGAGGUCACUGGAUUGCGUACAAAAUGUGCCGAAGAACUGUGGAACGUAACAGAAUUAUAUAAUACGCUUGACAAACCGACAUGGCAAAAUAGCACUGACCACAUUUUGCAAAAAUAUCAGAAAGAAAUAGCAGCAAUCAUCAAACAGGGGUAUGACUACAGAAAACCUGCUGAUAUUUGGUCAUUCCCCGCCGCUUUGAUGUUCUGUCUCUCAGUUAUAACAAUGAUAGGCUACGGAAACAUGGUGCCACGUACACCCUGGGGUAAAGGCUUCACAGUUAUAUAUGCCACUUUUGGAAUUCCAUUGUACAUUUUGUACUUCCUAAAUAUGGGAAAAGUGCUGGCGAGAUCAUUUCAGUUUUUAUAUCGUAGCUUGCAUGAAUGCACCCACGAAAGGUCUAGUGUGGAGCAUCGUCUAGAUGCUUUAGAAAAUGGCAGCUUACGUAGUUUGCAUCGUAAGAAAAUUAUUGUGCCGUCUACUGCAUGCUUGUGGGUUAUCAUAUUUUACAUUUUUACCGGAACUAUUAUGUUCGCCAAUUGGGAAAAGUGGUCAUUUCUAAAUUCUUUCUACUUCUGCAUGACAUCGUUAUGCAAGAUUGGUUUCGGCGAUUUUGUCCCUGGCGCUUCUCUGGUCACUGGGUCUUUAAUCGCAGAAACAAGCAAAAAGGUGCAAGACGAUCCAACAGUUGAUCCCAAUGCCGUAACUAAGCUACAAAGGUCAAUAGCUGAACAGCACUCCAAACUAGCAAUAAAUUUUAUUUACAUGCUAAUAGGCAUGGGGCUCGUAGCCAUGUGUUAUAACCUAAUGAGAGAAGAAGUGCGUGUUAAGUUAAAGGAACUUAAAGAAGAUACAAAGCUUUGUCUGGAUGACACGCGAACACGUUUUGUUGGUUGUUGCGGAGGACACCAACGACGUCCAUAUGACAAUGAAGACGGUGAUGACUACUAUUAGCAACCACAUUUAAGCAGAAAAGUGUAUAUUCUACAAAAUACACAAACAAACACAUGCUAAAGUAUCAAGCAUAGAUCUCUGAAAUAUUCAUUUUUGUGUUUUUUCCAUUUGAUACCGCAACUAAAUUCUCACAUUAAACAAG